UCUCCUCUCCGUCCUUGCUCGCCCGCAGAUCCUGACCCCGGUUCCCACUGCGGAGAAAUCUCCUAAGAGACGGCUGCCGGCGUCGCCUCUGCUCCCGGGAGGCGUGGAGCCGAGCGCGCGGGAGCCGAGCGCGCCGCGGCCACGCUCCCCGCGCAGAGCCGGGAGGGAGGGGCCGCAGGGGCCGGGCCGCACCGGAGGCGGCGCGCGGGGCUCACGGCGCUCAGUCUCCUUCGGAACCCAGCCCGGCCGGCGGCAGCGGCGGCGAGUGCGAGCCGGAGCCCGAGCCCGGGCCUCGGAGCGGGGAGGCGGAGGGCCGGGGAAGGGCUGGAGGAGCGCUGGACUGGAGCGCAGACCGCGCCCGGACGCCGGCCGUGUGCGCGUCUCCCUGGCGAUCCCGCAUAAAUGUCAAAAGUAUUUCCUGUGACGCAUAAGAACCCCUGACUGGAAGUCCCACGCAAGCACCAUUGACUCUCAAGUGAGGCAAAGUAUGAGAGAGCCGUCUGGUUGAGUUUACAACUGGAAGACCACCGCGCCCACCAGGAGACCCGGGAUGGAGCCGCACCAGAGCACCCCCCUCACUUUCCCUGAGAAACGGUGUCCAGAGAAGUCACCGGCUGGCUGCAGGAAACAUUAUACUGUCAGGAAAAAACUGAAGUUCAUCCGAAUCUUAGGCCUUUUCAUGGGCCUGGUAGCCAUCAGCGGGGUCCCAUUUGCAAUCAGUGUCUUUUCUGAGACAGAGACACAGAGCGCAGGAGAGGCCAGUGGUGCAGAGGGCCCCGGGGUGGCACCCAGUUACCGGCAGAGAACUCUCUUAGACUUAAAUGACAAGAUUCCGGAUUACACUUCACAGCCACCUCUUUCUGAGGACGGCACCCCUGAGAAUAGUACCGAGGAGGAGCAAGGAAACUAUCCACGGGACAUCUUUUCCCUCGAGGAGCGAAGAAAAGGCGCCAUCCUUCUCCACGUCAUUGGCAUGAUCUACAUGUUCAUCGCCUUAGCCAUUGUCUGCGAUGAGUUCUUUGUUCCUUCUUUGACGGUCAUCACUGAAAAGCUGGCCAUCUCUGAUGAUGUUGCCGGAGCCACCUUUAUGGCUGCUGGGGGCUCGGCCCCAGAACUUUUCACGUCUCUCAUCGGGGUGUUUAUUGCUCACAGCAAUGUCGGCAUAGGCACGAUUGUGGGCUCGGCGGUGUUCAAUAUCCUCUUUGUUAUUGGCAUGUGUGCCCUGUUUUCCAGAGAAAUCUUGAACCUGACGUGGUGGCCACUCUUUCGGGAUGUGUCCUUCUACAUCAUUGACUUGAUCAUGCUGAUCAUAUUUUUCCUGGACAAUGUCAUCAUGUGGUGGGAAAGCUUGCUUCUCUUAGCAGCUUACUUUGUCUAUGUGAUCUUCAUGAAAUUCAACGUCCAGGUGGAAAGAUGGGUGAAGCAAAUGAUAAGCUGCAAUAAAGUCGUCAAGGUGGCAGCACCAGAGGCCCAAGCAAAGGGCUCCAAAACAGUCCUGGAACUGGGGUGUUCAGCAAGACAGCUGAAAGUAGCAACUGGUGGGGACCUGAGUCAGACUCAAAGAAGAGAGCAACAGUCAAAGCCAGAGAAUACGGCCAAGCCACGUCUCCAGCGAGGUGGAAGCUCUGCCUCCCUCCACAACAGCCUCAUGAGGAAUAGCAUCUUCCAGCUCAUGAUACACACCCUCGACCCACUCGCUGAAGAACUUGGAUCAUAUGGAAAACUAAAAUAUUAUGACACAAUGACUGAAGAAGGGAGGUUCAGAGAAAAGGCUUCCAUUCUCCACAAGAUUGCCAAGAAGAAGUGCCAGGUGGAUGAGAACGAGAGGCAGAAUGGGGCUGCCAAUCACGUGGAAAAAAUCGAGCUCCCCAACAGCACCAGCACGGAGGUUGAAAUGACGCCAUCCAGUGAUGCUUCAGAGCCCGUGCAGAACGGCAGCCUCUCCCACGGCAUUGAAGCUGCGGAGGCCCAGCAGACCACAGAAACGGGUGACGACGAGGAUGACCAGCCUCUCAGCCUGGCCUGGCCCCCCAACCCCCGCAAGCAAGUCACGUUCCUCAUUGUCCUCCCCAUAGUGUUUCCUCUCUGGCUCACCUUGCCUGAUGUCCGCAAACCUUCAGCAAGGAAGUUUUUCCCCAUCACGUUCUUCGGCGCCAUCACCUGGAUCGCAAUAUUCUCUUACUUAAUGGUCUGGUGGGCACACCAGGUUGGAGAGACAAUUGGCAUUAGUGAGGAGAUUAUGGGCCUGACCAUCUUGGCUGCUGGGACCUCCAUCCCUGACCUUAUCACCAGUGUCAUAGUGGCCCGGAAGGGGCUUGGGGACAUGGCUGUAUCCAGCUCUGUCGGAAGCAACAUUUUUGACAUCACCGUAGGGCUCCCGCUGCCCUGGCUCCUGUACACCAUGAUUCACAGGUUCCGGCCGGUGGCCGUGAGCAGCAAUGGCCUCUUCUGUGCCAUCGUCCUGCUCUUCAUCAUGCUGCUCUUCGUCAUCCUCUCCAUCGCCCUCUGCAAGUGGCGGAUGAACAAAGUGCUGGGCUUCAUCAUGUUCGGCCUCUACUUCGUGUUCCUCGUGCUCAGCGUCCUCCUCGAAAACCGGAUUCUCAUGUGCCCGAUCUCCAUCUAGAGGGAAAGCCAUAUCUUGAACCAGCAGCCCGGGUGGGCCACCCCCACCCCGCUCUGGGUUCUAGACUCCCUGAUGUCUGGAGAAGAGGCAGCGGGCACCCAGCCCGGGCAUGUGGCGGGUCCCUCCAUGGAGGACGUGAGGAGGGGUAGACCCACAAGGACCCGCCGUUUCACAGGCUGCUGCCACCCUUGCCUGCUGACAUGGCUUCAUGCGAGAGGCAGAGGGAACUGUCCAUCCGAGGCUUCUCUGCACUCACCACUGACAGGUACUCCUCGCUGGUCGGAGGUACAUUCUCGGUACUGAUGCAAACAAGGACAGAGCUGCGUGUAUACCUAUACGAUAUACAGAGUAUAAAUAGAUGCACAUGAGCACACCGCCUGUUCCUGUACUAUACCUCUCCUUCCACACCUAUAGAGUAAUACACACCUGUACACAAACACAAAGAAACACCAUAUAUAUAAAAUUAUAUAUAUAUAUAAAUACACAUGCAUCUUUUCAGGGAUAGCUCUAAUAUAUUUAUAGUAUCUAUUUGAAGAGGGGCAUCAACCUUCUGUGUGAGCUUUACCUCUUAAGGGCAAGAGGUACACCAAUGGAAUCAUUGCUGUGACCUUCUGCCUACCUUGGACUUCCUGGGAUCCUGCCGGGUAAGGGGGAUGCUUCAGGGACAUAGGUUUCAGGAGAGAGGGCUGGGUGGAGAGGGUCUGUCGUGGUCCUGGGUUGAGCCCUCCAAACAUUUCCACAAGCCAAACAAAGAAGACUCUCUGCCCACCCCACAGGGUUACCUGGGCCAGAAGGAGGUCAAACCCAGAUUUGGUGGACACUGGUUUGGGGGCAGAGGGACGGUAACCAGGGUUGUUGUUUUUGGUUUGUUUUAAAUAUAUAUACUGCCCCAGCAUGCAAGUAGAAACUAUGAUUGCAAACCAAAUUAGCACUCUUCUAGGACAGCGAGACUAUAUAAAAUCAACCUCUGCUGUUCCCAUGCAUGUCCCAUUGCCAUCAAAAGAAGGGAGGCAAGUUGUCAUAGAUGCAGUUGUCAUUUAGACACAUUUUGAUGCUAAGGGCUCUCAUAUAAUCCAAAUGCUGCCCUCAGAGCCUGGAUAUAUAAUAAGAAAUUCCAUCCAGUAGAGGCGCUUAGUGAGACUUGCCACCUACUGGGAAUGGAAAGCAUAGCUCUUUAAAGCAUCUUCCAGUGUGAUCAUAAAGGGCUUCGGUGUCUGAAGAAAUCAUUACUCCUUAAAUAGAGCUCAGUUGACUCUGACCAAUACUGCUUGGGUUGAGGCAGCGUAGAGAUGUUUGGGAAGGAACUUGCACACGAGGAAUGUUUCCGAGUCCUCGGUGGACGGGUGCCAAGACCAGGAUUUGGUUAACGUUCAUGCACCACCCAUGUUUCUCCUGCCAUCGGGACCCACCUGGGACUCUCUCUAGCUUACAGAGUACACAGGCUAUACUCGACAGCUUCUUCACACUGGCCUCCAGCCAGCCCCGCCAAGGUGUUGAUUUCCUGAUUUUGCUCAGCAUUCAUGGGGUAGUUUCAUUCCAUUCAUGCAGCGCCCCCAGGUUCUGUUUGACACCGUGUAUGAUUUCUCAGAUCUAUGUGAACAGAAAAUAAAACCAGCAGGAAAAAAAAUGGCCUACUACAUUGAUGGAAAAUAUGCAGUUUUUCAUUUCCCCGAGUCACCCUUUUCCUAAAAUCAGUUGAAAAAGUCCACUGAGGAUGGCUCAUUCUUUCGUACUCAUCCUACACCUAAGCUGGCACACACCCCACCUGGGGGCUCUCCCACUCGUGUUCUCGGCUCCAGUCUAUUGUGUCACUGACACUGCUGUGAUUUAGUUGUGAGCGCAGACCUCCUAGCACAGGGAGACAGGGUGCAGACAGAACUCACCGCUGAGAAAAAGAGGAAGGGGACCUGGCAUCCAGAUCAAGCUCAGUAUUCCUUCCGCAAAACCUCAGCUCACUGCGCAGGGCCUGGCAGUAACAGCCAGUGCCCCUCACUGCACAGGGCCUGGCAGUAACAGCCAGUGCCCCUCACUGCACAGGGCCUGGCAGUAACAGCCAGUGCCCCUCACUGCACAGGGCCUGGCAGUAACAGCCAGUGCCCGUCCUUGCUCCUCACCCACAUGCAAAAAGCGCUUCUCAGGGAGGCCCCCUGGGAGAACAAGCCGCCGCCCAGGAGGCAGCCUCUCAGGUCUCCCCAGCGCUGCAGGGUCUGCCUUUCAGUUGUGUGAGGUAAACCUGCAUCUCCUUCCUCAAGGGCAACAUUCUGUUUUGAGGCAAGAAUUUGUGCUGGUUCCCUAGAGUGAAGGAGAAUAAGUGAACUUUUAGUGAAAAGCUCUGCUUGUCUUCCCUGUGUGUGACUUGAAGGGGCGCUGGCAGAGUUGGUUAUUGCAUGGAUUUGUAUUAUUGACGGGUUUUUUAUGUGAAAGAAGGUUUGAGUAGGUGACUUUGACUCCACCGCAGAUAGACUGUAAAACCGGAAAGGAUGGGGGAGAUCCGGUGCAGCCCUGUUCUUCCUCCAGCACUUCCUAGUGCUCCCCUCAUCCCCUC